AUGGGAGGAGUCAAGCGCGAGGGGGGGCUGGCUCCUUGCCUUGUCUCCAUCUGUCGUGGCCGUCGCCAUUUUCCUCAUCGCCUCCUUUGUCUGCGGAGAUUGUGUUCUGAAGCAACCGACGCUGCCUGCAAAAUUGCAUCUUUGAAGCCUUUUGAAAGCAUGAAAAGACUAGUUGCAAGAAAAUGGGCGAACAAUGAUGAUCGACUGAGGAAAGAGAUGCAGUGGAAUAAAAUGUUUUUGGAUAAAACUAAUUCAAAUUUUAUGGAGCUUAUUUCUGUUUUGAAAGAUCUCUCGUCAACCUAUAAGGAGGCUUGUUCAAAAUUGCAAACUAAAGAAAUCAGGGUUGUGAGACACAAGCAGGAUUCGAUUGAGCCUGGUGAUAAAGAAUGUGUGGUGCACAUUGAUGGGAAUGACCCAGCAAAACUAGAAAGGAUGCUGUUGGAUACCCAGACAAUCACAUUAAAAGAUGCAGAAAUAAAAAGAAUCAAGGAGUCAAAUGCUAUGCACAUUGCUAAUCUGCAAGCAAGAUUAGAAGAGCAAAGUGAAGACUUCAAGAAACAACUUGAAAUAGAAAGGAAAACUAUUGCAGAAAAGUUAGAAGUAGAUUAUAAAGAUAACAUAGAAACCUGGCGUGUUCUAUACGAAGACCUGUCUAACAAAGUAAAACCUUUCCAGCAACAACUUGAUGCAUAUGAGGCAGAGAAAAAUGCCCUUCUGCAUGAACAUAAUGCUGCCCAAGAAGGGCUAAACAAAAUCAAUGAUGCAUAUGCUAAGCUGCUGGGCCAUCAAAAUCAGAAGCAGAAAAUCAAACAUGUCAUGAAACUGAAAGAAGAGAACACCCAACUGAAACAGGAAAUAUCAAAGCUGCGCUGUCAGCUAGCAAAGGAAAAACAAGUUCGGGAAGAGCUCCAGGCGCAAAUGAAUCAAAUUCAGGGUGUCAAGCAAUUUGAUCCUUCAAAAACUUUUCACCAUGUUCCCAAGGAAAACAUUCCUCCCAAAACACCUUUUAAAGAAAGUAACAGAAGAACAGCCAAACUGCUCUCAAAAGAACAGGAACAAAAUCACAUGUAGGAGCUCCUAGGACUUCACUUUUGAAGAAAGUA